ACGUUCCUCAUCUUAUUAUAUUUUCUCCUGUACCAUCGACGCCUUUAUAAUUGCAUCUGACAAUUUUCUUACAUUCACAUUUCAGUCCAACGCAUACAAAUCCGAUCUCCUCGUAUUUCCCCGAGCUCAGAGAAAAGUGAAACACACAUGCGGUCCUGAAUUUUAUGAAUUGUGCUGCGAUUGUAUUACACAGAUAGAUAGCUUCGCCUUAAAUUUCGAAUUGGAUUGAGAUAUUGUUACUGUUCUGUAAGAACUACUACUGAUUCGUCGGGCGCGAAUUGCGACUUCAAGGCUAUUCAGAUGGCCUUGGAGACGCAAAAUCAAAGCGCUGGGAGCAAAUUCGGGCUUCUCAAUAUUCUGGGGCGUGAAAGAUGUGAAAGCUACUUGCUUUUCCAUGGUGAAACAGCCCUGGAUAAUGGGUUCAGGACCUUCUUGUAUUUUCUUGCCCUAGCUUAUUGCUUCUUUGGAUUAUCAGCUAUAACUGCUCGGUUCUUCCGGUCUAUGGAGAAUGUGGUGAAGCAUUCGCGAAAGAUAGUGGAGGUAGAUCCUGAUACUAAUACUGAAGUUAUCAGAUAUGAGAAGGUGUGGAAUUAUGCAAUUGCAGAUAUUUCCUUGCUGGCAUUUGGAACUAGUUUCCCUCAGAUAUCAUUAGCAACUAUUGAUGCCAUAAGGAACAUUGGGAAUCUGUAUGCUGGAGGAUUGGGUCCUGGAACACUUGUUGGUUCUGCUGCAUUUGAUCUGUUUCCCAUCCAUGCUGUUUGUGUGGUUGCUCCCAAAGCUGGAGAACUGAAAAAGAUAGCUGAUUUAGGUGUUUGGAUUGUGGAGCUCUUUUGGUCUUUCUGGGCUUAUAUUUGGCUGUACAUAAUUUUAGAGGUAUGGACUCCCAAUGUUAUUACACUAUGGGAGGCCUUGGUAACUGUAUUGCAAUAUGGUUUGCUGCUAAUACAUGCUUAUGCUCAAGAUAAGCGUUGGUCUUACUUAUCUCUUCCACUUGGAAGAACUGAGAGGCCAAAGGAGUGGGUACCAGAAGAGAUCACCUCAAGUAAACAUCAGCCCAUUGAUUAUGAAGAAUACUCCGAGAUCCUUCAAGUUGACAAAGAUGAAAGCAGGAACGUUGUUGAUAUAUUCUCCAUCCAUUCAAAUGUUGAGACAGAUCAAGUAUAUCAUAAAGUUCCUGAAACAGAUGAUGCAGUUGAAUUCUCUGACAAAAACUUUCACAGUGAGCAAGAUUUCAAUGUGGCUGCUCUUUGGAAAAGACAAUUUUUGGAUGCAAUUACGUUGGAAAGCCUGGAAUCAAGAAAUAUGUUCAGUAUUCAUAUACGGCUGGCAAGAACUUUCUGGGAAAUACUCCUUGCACCUUGGAGACUUCUGUUUGCUUUUGUGCCUCCUUACCAUAUUGCUCAUGGAUGGGUUGCUUUUAUCUGCUCUCUUAUUUUUAUCAGCGGGAUAGCUUACAUUGUAACAAAGAUCACAGAUCUUAUAAGCUGUGUCACAGGAAUAAAUGCUUAUGUCAUUGCAUUUACGGCAUUAGCUAGUGGAUCUUCAUGGCCAGACUUGGUGGCAAGUAAGAUUGCUGCUGAACGCCAAACAACAGCAGAUUCUGCCAUUGCAAACAUCACUUGCAGUAAUUCAGUGAACAUAUAUGUGGGCAUCGGUGUUCCCUGGCUUAUAGAUACCACCUACAAUUUUUUUGUGUAUAGGCAGCCUUUGAGGAUUGAGAAUGCAGAGGGAUUGAGCUUUUCAUUGCUUGUUUUCUUUGCUACUUCUGUAGGCUGUAUUGGUGUGCUUGUGUACAGGCGUUUGACACUGGGUGCAGAGCUUGGAGGGCCAAGGAUUUGGGCCUGGGUAACAUCAUGUCACUAAAACACUGGACAUGAACAGACUUUGGAGCAUUGGAAGAUCCAUUUCAAGGCCCACGGAUCCUCAAUUAGGCAUAAACUGUGGAACCCAUUUACGUGUGUGAGUGAAAAAAUUGGGUGAAGUCGGGAACUCUCAAUUCAUUUACAAGCCAGGGACAAAGGGCACAGUAAGACCCCCAUAUUUUAUGACCAACUCUGUCAGCAGGACACUGCUUUGUGUAUGAUGAAACAGUAUAAUGCAAUUGCUGCUUGUUAAACCUGUACAGUCACGGACACUGACCAACCAACUCAUUAAUUUCACCAAGUAAUAAAAUGUUUCCCCAUUCCAGUU